CGAGAAGAAAAAAAAACUUGUCAAUUCAGCUCGCUGCAAGCCAUCAUCCAAGAUCUACUUCCGGAAUACUACGUAGCAUGUAAUGGUGACCGCUGGGAUGAGACUACUCCAACACGGUCGCUACUCAAGAACGCCGAGGCGAUGCUUUUCUUCGUGAACGAAUUCACUCUUGGAGACAAAAACUGUUUGAUGAAUCUACAGUACGCAUGGCAUCUCAUGGUGCCGCUCAUCGUACUUCGACCUCCACGCACUAAACUUGUCAUCUGCAAACGAGAGCAGACCUGCGACAACAUUGUGAUCGAUGAGAAUGGCUCCAUAAUGAGAGGGCAAAGUAGCCCAUGGGCAUUACUCGAAGAGCCACCCACGAAUACGGUCGAUUACAACCUACUGCAAGACGUUCUUCAUGAGGGCUACAAGUUAUCGCUUGUGUACGAUCGUCAAGACCAUGCAGGUUCGAUGAGGAAAAUCAGCGAAAGACUGCAGCAAGUAAUGCGACCAACACUUCGGCGUGGUUCGCAUCAGACACCUGCGUUCUACCUAUCUCCAUCGAACGGUCCGGAACUCAUCGAACGCGCUUACUAUGAUGGAGAGAUCACAACUGAACGAGCGGAGAAAUACUGCACAGAACUAACAGGCAGAGAACUUCGCAUAACUCGCAGUUUGGGAAAUCUCCAAAACAAAGUUGAACCGAGUUUUCCCAGGACGCCUUAUCCACACAUGAACGGGAGUUCCAGUGACAAAAUUUUCAAGAUCCCACCUAUCGAAACGAACAAAGAAGACGAAGAAAAUUUCGUUGGUCAUCAAUCCGCAACAAUAGUACACCAUCCGCCUUCGACAAUAAGCAGAACCUCAUCGCGUGAUGGAAGGAUGAGCAUGGGGAGUCUCGAUGAUGUCAACAGCUUUCAAGAAACACAAUACCUUGUGUUUCCGAUUCGAAACUCAAACAACAAACCCAAGCUUAUCAAGUUCCCGGAAGAUUUGAUGGAGGAAGGUGGAGAUCACAGCGAUAGCAUAUGGGGAUCAGAAACAAGCCUCGAAGAAGACGAUGCUGAGGUAGCUAUGAAAAUAAACGGCGGAAUCUCGAUCGACGACAAUGAAGAAGAAUCACAGAUUGGAUCACCUGCCCCAUACAUCGGAGAUUUGUAA